UGAGCCCGAGCUACGCCCCAGCUGGCGGGACAGUGACCAGCCAGGAGUAGGGAUGUUCCUUCCCUGCCAACCACCGAACAGCGCAGCCCUGGCAGCGCCCCUGAGCUCCCUGCUCGAGGCAGAGCCGAGCUCAUUGUCAUGCUGGCAGAUCGGGCUUUUCACACCUGAUCACAAUCAGCCUCCUAGGGGAACAGGAGAUUCAACAUCGUCUAUCUGCUGGCUCCCUCCUAAAGCAGCGCAGAGCCGGAGGGACGGGACAAUGAAUAAUCUUGAAGUUUAGCCUGGGAACGAGGUGACAAAUGGCAAGAAAGACACCAGUGACCUGGAAUGUGUUGUGACUUGUGAAAUCGUGAUUUACAGAUCGCUUUGGGAAUCUGCAGGGUGGAGAGGAUCCGGAGCCAGGAUCUCCACAGCUGGUUGGAACAGUCACUGGUGUCCCAGAUCAAAGAAUUACUGGCAGAGAGGAGCUGAGCCCAGCCAACAUCCAUUGACCUGUGUGUGUCACUGACAGAAGAGGGAUGGAGAAAGUUGCAGUUUCUGCUCAGUCAGAUCAGCUCCUAGCACCCAAUGGCAAGGGAGAGCCAGAGAGAAGAGAAGCCGAGCCAGGUUAUUGGCCUGGACCCCAGUCAUCAAAACCUGCUGCACAGAAAGUGCUGGUGGCUGUUCUAGGUGCAGUCAUUGCUCUCCUCGUUCUCACACUGAUCGUUACCACAGCUGCUUUGGCAGGGGGGAAAUCGACACCGUGUUUGGCUGCCAUCGCAUGCCCUAAAGGCUGGGUUGGGUACGGAGGGAAAUGUUACUAUUUCUCAGAGCUGGAAGGGAACUGGAGCUCCAGCCAGAGCCACUGCUCUUCCCUCAGCGCCUCCCUGGCUGGGAUCGACACCCUGCAGGAGAAGGCUUUCAUGCUGCGCUAUAAAGGUCUCCCAGACCACUGGAUCGGCCUCUGGAGGGAACAGGACCAGCCCUGGAAAUGGCCAAAUGGCACAGAAUUCAACAACCUGUUUGAAGUAAGGGGCGGAGGAGACUGUGCUUAUCUGAAUGAGAAGGGUGUUGUGAGCUCUUCAAGGUGCUACACGAGGAGAAACUGGAUCUGCAGCAAACCAGAUGUAAUGAUGAAGAUGAAUGACAAUUCAGCAGGAAGGGACUGAAAUGUCUGAGAAUCACAGAGAUGUCACCAUUUCCUAACAAUGCCAUGGAAUGAAAAUGUCACUUUAGCAAAGACCCGAUCAGCUUGACAAGUCGCACUGCGCUCAGAUCACUGUGAACCUUUUGCUGUUUAACACCUAAAACUAAAGACAGAAAAACAUCUAGGCACAAUAUAAUCAAGCUGAAAAGUCAGUGUCCCUGUUUCCCCUACAUAGUCAGUCAGUGGGCUGGAAAGACCCUUAUAAACAAUAGCAGGAGAUCUGCUGGGUGGGGGGAAUCACCAUUUACCAUCUGAAGGGCUCCAUCAGAAACUGGAAUUAAAAAAAAAUUGUUCAGUUUCA